CUUCACACGCUCGCGAGCGAACCGGAGCGUCAAACUAACCGCCGCCGCUUCAGCACGCGCCGUGUGUGUGUGUGCGCGAGGCUUUGGAUACUUUAAUUCAACUUUUUUUUUUUUUUUUUUGGUAAGAAGGGGGGACGACGAACUUAAAAUAAAUGUCGGUUCUGACUCGGUUCUGAGUCCACCGGAGCUCGCUCGCGCUUUUUUUUUUUUUUUUUUUUUUACCUGUGGACCAACGGUUUCCGCUCGCGCCGUGUUGUGAUGGCUAGCGGGGCUAACGGCUAGCCGCGUAAAAGAAGCAGAAGAAGAAGAAGAAGGAGGCUGGUUUAAUUAGCUGGUUAGUUUGUGAGACAGACAGUUAGUCAGACAGUUAGUUAGUCGGCUGGUUAGUUAGUUGGACAUCUCUCUUGACGGACACCUCGCUGGACACGGACAAACACCAGAUGGAAAUAUAAUGCUUACAAACCCAGUGGAUUACUCAUCAAGCCUUCUGAAAUUAUGGAAUAACUUUCAUCAUGCGCUCCCCCGUCACAUCAAAUCUCCACCACCACCACCACCACUGCUGCAGAGAUUCCCUGUCCUUACAUUUGGAUUCAUCAGGCAGCUUUUAAACAAGCCACGACUGUGUGCCUGUGCAGUCUUGUCUUAAGAAAAAAGAACAUUAACCAUGUAUCUACUCGGGUUGGAUAUGCUCAGAUAAACCCUUUUUUCCAAACAUUAAGCGUGAAUUCGUGCAAAGGGAAAGCCCAAAGAAGGAAGUCCGGGGCACAGAAACUGCCCGUUUCCAAAGAAACAUGGCCUCGGUUUGGAAGAGACUGCAACGUGUGGGGAAGCAUGCCUCCAAAUUCCAGUUCGUGGCUUCCUAUCAGGAGCUGAUGGUGGAGUGCACUAAGAAAUGGCAACCAGACAAACUAGUGGUGGUCUGGACACGCAGGAGUCGGCGGAAAUCCUCCAAGGCCCACAGCUGGCAGCCCGGCAUCAAAAACCCCUACAGAGGAGUGGUGGUGUGGCCUGUACCGGAGAACAUUGAGAUCACUGUCACUCUUUUUAAGGACCCCCAUGCAGAGGAGUUCGAAGACAAAGAAUGGACGUUUGUCAUAGAAAACGAGUCUCCAUCAGGGCGGAGGAAGGCCUUAGCCACCAGCAGUAUAAACAUGAAACAAUACGCCAGUCCAAUGCCCACGCAGACGGACGUCAAGCUCAAGUUCAAGCCGCUGUCGAAGAAGGUGGUGUCGGCCACGCUGCAGUUCUCGCUCUCCUGCAUCUUCCUCCGUGAGGGAAAGGCCACUGAUGAGGACAUGCAAAGCCUGGCCAGCCUGAUGAGCAUGAAGCAGGCUGACAUCGGCAACCUGGACGACUUCGAGGAGGAGAACGAGGAGGACGAGGAGAACAGGGUUAACCAGGAGGAGAAGGCUGCCAAGAUCACAGAGAUAGUAAACCAGUUGAAUGCCCUCAGCUGCUUACAUGGGGAUGAUGAUGAUGAUGAUGAUGGUGUCCUUAAGCGAGCACGCAAAGCAACCGCUAAGCCUGCCGCUUCCUCCCAAGAGCUGAUCAGCAAGCUGAACUUCCUGGAAGACGAGGAUCAGGACGCGCUUCCCACCAUGUGCACAAAUCCCUUCGAUGACCCCGAUGACGAUCUUCAUCCAAACCACCUUAACCCCUUUGGUGAUCCUGAUGAGGACGAGCCCCCUGCCCAGCCGGUCUCCAGGCAGCGGGUCGAUGAUGAUUCCUUCUACGACCACGACUCCUCGAAUCCGUUCAACGAGCCGGACGAACCCGGGACGCAAACGCCUCCGGGGAACCCCUUCGAUGAUCCCGAACAGGACGUGGACCUCCAGCCUGAUCCAGAACCCCCGAAGCCCAGGCAGAGGAAAGGAGUGCGGCCUGUCGACAUGAGCAAGUACUUGUACGCAGACACGACUCCCAACGAGGACGAGGAGCUCGACGAAUCCAACCCGUUCUACGAGCCAAGGACAUCGAGCCCUACACGGCCCCCUGCUGGUGGCCCCUCCCUGGAUGUGGUCAGCAGCCAAAAGAGGAGGGCUCCCCUGCCCCCGAGUUCUAGCCCUGGCCUCGGCCCCAGUCCAACGGCUCCCAAACCCAGCGCUGUCCCAGACAGGGAGCGAGCCCAGCCGAUCGGGCCCAGUCCGGUUGCAGUGGUGAUGGGGAGAGAGCUGGCCUCCUCUUCCCCGAAGCCCAGCCCCGUCCCGAGCCCGGUUCUGGGAGGGAAGCCCAACGCCAGCCAGUCUCUGCUGGCCUGGUGCCGCGAGGUCACCAAGAACUACCGCGGGGUGAAGAUCACCAACUUCACCACCUCCUGGAGGAACGGGCUGGCCUUCUGCGCCCUGCUGCACCACUUCAGACCUGAUACAAUAGACUACAAGUCGCUCAAUCCUCAGGAUAUUAAAGAAAACAACAAAAAGGCAUACGAUGGCUUUGCCAGCCUCGGUAUCUCCCGUCUCCUGGAGCCGUCAGACAUGGUGCUGCUGGCCAUUCCCGACAAGCUAACAGUGAUGACCUACCUGUACCAAAUCCGGGCCCACUUCUCCGGCGAGGAGCUCAACGUGGUGCAGAUAGAGGCCAACAGCAGUCGCAGCACCUACAAGGUGGGCGACUUUGAGACCGACACAAACGCCUCCAUAGACCAGGACAAGUUCUACGCUGAGCUUAACGACGUGCAGCACCGUCCGGGUAACGCUCAGCCUGAGGGGUCUGCCGGUGGCGAGUCUAAUGGCACUAAAGCGGCGGAGGAAGAGGUGAUGGAGCCGGGUUGGAAGGCUGAAGUUGAAGCGGUCAGCUUGACAGCGGCGGCGGCAGGGCCUUUACAGUCCUCCCCUCCUGUCCCAUCACCGCGCACAGCGUUAGCCUCCUCAGCAACAGACUCGACCCAUGUGGCACCAUCGAGCUGUGAGGACAGGGGGAACCUGCUCAAAGCCAACACUUUAGACCUGAGCGAGUUACCACAGAGAGUGGAGAGAGAGGUAGAGAAGCAGAGACAGCAGAAGGAUGAGGCGGGAGAGGAAAGAAGGGAGGGAAGUGCAGAACCAGGGUCUCCCACCAGGAGAGGGGCUGCCUCCUCCUCCUCCUCCUCCUCCUCACCACCCCACCAGAAAUUGGGCUUCUCUUAUAACAGGGACGCUGACCUCAUCAAGAAGAAGAGGGCCAGCCUGCGUCAUUCAGAGUCUGAGCCCGGCUCGGACGCCAGCUCCGCUCCAGUCAACCACACGGACACACCACCCAAACAGGAGCCGACACCCGCCCCUGUAUCAAGUCCCCCUGCUGAGAAGAGGGUGCUGUCCCGUCAGGAGGAGCUGAAAGAGAGAGCCAGACUUCUCCUCGAGCAGGCCCGCAGAGAUGCUGCAAUGAAGGCCGGCAACAAGAACGUCCCCAACUCGGCUGUCAGCGCACCGAACAGGGCCACGAACAUAUGUGACGAGCGGGAUGCCGAGCGACGGAGACAGCUGAGAGAGCGAGCCAGGCAGCUGAUAGCCGAGGCUCGAUCCGGAGUCAAGAUGUCUGACAUGAGCCUGCUGGACGUGUCGAGCACUGAGAGAGGCAAGGGCGGCAAGGCUGGCCCUGCUGGAGAUGUUUUGGAAGGAGUGAGAGGUCAUCAUGAGGAUGAUGCCGUUGAUGGUGAAAGGGGUGAGGAUGAGGAAGAGGGGAGGGCUGAGGAGGAGCAGCUCCACUUUGGUGGUGGUGGUGAUGGUGAUGAUGAUGAUGAUGAGGAUGAUACUGUUGCUCCUGCCACAUCUGCGUCUGCGCUGGUUACUAACCCACUGCCACUGGAGGCCCCUCAACCAGCCACCUCCAGCACCCUAGGGCCCCUGGAGCUUACUAACCCCGGCUCUGAGCUAACAUCUCUGGGUACAAACAGUAAGCACGUGGACCUGAAGCUGAAGAAGCUGGUGGAAGUCAGCCCAAGAAGAGUCACCUCCCCUUCAUCCCCAUCCUCCACCUCCUCCUCAUCCUCGCCCACUGCCUCCUCCACCUCCCCGCUCAGCCCUACAGAAGGACUGGAGAAUAACGCAGAGGAGUUGCGAGCAGAGCGUCUCCGCAGAGCGACCGAGAGGUUGCGUAGCCCCGUGGUCUUCAGCAAGGACUCUACAGUCAGGAAAACACAGCUGAAGUCCUUCAGCCAGUAUGUGGAGAGCAGACCAGAGGUGAAGAGACAGAAGUCUAUUCCUGAGGAUCUGCGGAGGGCUGAGGAGGACAGAGGUUCACUGACGGAGCUCGAUAUUCGCCGACCGUUCGAAGAGGAGAAGGCGUUCAAAGACACCAGUCAGUAUGUGGUUGGGGAGCUGUCUGCACUGGAGAGCGAGCAGAGGCACAUAGACGCCCGAGCAGCUCGCGUGGAGAAGAGGCUGCGCUAUCUCAUGGACACAGGCAACAACAAGGAGGAGGAGGAGGCCAUGAUGCAGGAGUGGUUCAUGUUGGUGAACAAGAAGAACGCACUCAUCAGGAGACAGAACCAGCUCUCUCUGCUGGAGAAAGAGCACGAUCUGGAGAGACGCUUCGAACUGCUGAACAGAGAGCUGAGAGCCAUGCUGGCCAUCGAGGACUGGCAGAAGACGGAGGCCCAGAAGAGGCGCGAGCAGCUGCUGCUGGACGAGCUGGUCAUACUGGUCAACAAGCGAGACGCGCUGGUCAGGGACCUGGACGCCCAGGAGAAACAAGCCGAGGAGGAGGACGAGCACCUGGAGAGGACGCUGGAGCAGAACAAAGGAAAGAUGGCCAAGAAAGAGGAGAAGUGCGUGCUUCAAUGAUCGUCAGAGAGAGAGAGCAAGAAACACAACCGACAAAAUGUAGCCGAUAAAAGAAAUGUAUCGUUAUUACUCAUCCUCUUCUGAUUUGAUCGUGGCUUUCCUGACGUGGUUGUUGUUUUUUUUUGGACUUCCUGACGCCUUUGCACCAACUUUAUACUGACUCCACCUGUCUCUACGACUCCUACACCAUAUUUUUUUAAUUUCGCUUCACGAGGAAACGGUACUUCUGUGUUGUAAAAUAAAGACGUGUGAGACGAGACGGACGGUGUGUGAUGUUUGCAUGUGGAGAGCAGUGAGGUACCGCAAACACAAACUGGGUUUAAUGGGAGGGAGGUGUUUGUUUCUCUUCAUCAUGCUGACACGAGUCCACAAAAAAUCCUUCAUGACUCGACCUGUUGUCUCUUUUAAUGGUUUCACUUUGUACCUGUAAAAUAUCUUAAAGGGGAACUCACACCUGUUCAUAAAUCUUAACUUUUCCUAUUGCUUUUUUUUUAUUAUUAUUAUUAUAAUAAUUAUUAUUAUUCUGAUUAUCGUCUUGGCUUGAAAGCAGUUUACCAAAAGAAAGAUUUAAAGAAAACAAACAUGUUGUAAAUUUCCAUCACUGCUCUGACCAACAGCUUCUUCCAUCAUGUCUUUGUUUUUCUGUCACAAACAAAAAAAAAAGAUAUAUAUAUUAUUUAUUUGUCCUUUUUAAGCUGCUCACAUUUCAUUUUUUGUUUUUUGUUUUUUUGCUCAUCAGCUUUUUUGGUUUCUAUUUAUUGUUUCCUGAAGAAGAAUUCUGCAUCACUUUAGAGAGAGAGAGAGCUCCACAUCAGCCUGGUGCAAGUUUGUCCUUUUUACCGUGUUCAACAUUUAUCUUGUUUAUUUAUUCCAGUGUCAUAACCCAAAAGUCUUCAGUAAUAAUAAUAAUAAAGUCCUUUAUGAUUUCAUACUCCA